GCGCUUAAACGCAGAGACAUGUUUAUGUUUAGCCCGUCGAGAAACACAAUCUGGAACAUUAUAUAGCGCUUUGAUUUCCACCUAAUAGACCUCCAACAAACAGGUUGAAACGAUGUCAUUGGUGGAUUUGGGAAAGCGUCUUUUAGAAGCAGCUCGCAAUGGUCAUGAUGAUGAAGUCCGAACGCUGAUGGCCAAUGGGGCUCCAUUCACUACUGACUGGCUUGGAACUUCUCCGUUGCAUUUAGCUGCUCAGCAUGGCCAUUACUCCACCGCAGAAGUUUUGCUUAGAGCGGGUGUCAGCAGAGAUGCCCGAACAAAAGUAGACCGGACCCCACUGCACAUGGCGGCCACAGAGGGCCAUGAAGUCAUUGUUGAGUUAUUAAUCAAGAGUGGAGCGGAUAUCAAUGCAAAAGACAUGUUGAAGAUGACCGCCCUCCACUGGGCCGCCCAGCACGGUCACCACAGCGUUGCCAAGCUAUUGAUCAAGCAUGGCGCUGAUGUUCACACCCUCAGCAAAUUUGACAAGUCAGCCUUUGAUAUCGCAGUCGACAUACAACAUGGCGAACUUGUGCACCUAUUACAGGAGGGAAUGCAGAAUCAGGUAAACAGAAAUGCUGAAAUGUCAAUCACCAAUGGCGGCGGCGCACAGCAGUUCAUCAUCCAGGGCGUUCCCAACAUUCAAGGGGGAGUCGUCAACCUCGCCGACUUCAUCAAAAGCAGCUCAGGUGACACAGAGGAGGCUAUGGCUGUUAGCGCGUUGGACUCUGGAAUCCAGCAAGUGGUGAAUGAAUCUGGUCAGAGGGUUAUAACUAUAUUAACAGAUCAACACGGAAACCUACAAACCAAUGGACUUGGUCAGCCUUUCUUUGUCACGAUGCAAGAUGGACGACAAGUAUUGGCAGUUUCAACCAAUCAAAUUGCAGAGGAAGUGGUGGAGGACUCUGAACCUCCUGCCCGUAAAAGGAAAAUUGAGGAAUCAUCCAAUCACACAGAUGCUGGUGAAACGGAGCAUCUCCAGUGGCAGUUACAAGAAGCCAACAGGAAAGCUCAAUCCUAUCGACAACAGCUACUUCGCAAAGAGCAGGAAGCUGAAGAGUACCGCAUGAAACUGGAGGCCAUGUCUAAUGGACAGACCAACGGCAACUCUGAUCUGACGCAGGAGCAGGUCGUGUUUGUACAGGAAGAGGUGGGUAUAGAGGAAGCGACUGAGGGAGAGGAGGAAGUCGUCAUGUUUUCAGAAGGUGGCGUCGUCAUUAAAACAGAAGAGAUCGAUUCCUCUGAUGAGCAGAUAACUCUGGUGGAAGCCACAUCAGGUCACACAGAAGUCAUAUCAUAGAGGACAUCCCGAGAGUGUGGACUCCAUGAUCAGACAACCAAAGAGUGCAUCAGCACAGUUUUGGUUAACUUUUUAUUUUUGCAAUUAAGUCCUUUUGUAAUUUAUUUCCUUCUGUUUUGCUUAGUGUUUUCCUUGCAUCGAAAGUUCAAAAAGGAACAAUUGCAGUGCGCAUUGUGCUCGCACACAGAAAUUUUGUCACAGUUGGUGUUGUUCAAGACAAAUGAAAAACACUCAGGUUGGACCUCUUAAACUCCACUAGAAAUAUUGCUGCCUUAUUCGAACCGUGUUAUCAAUUUAACAUUUUCUCAGACUUAAGGUUUUGUUUUUGUAAGUAAUAUGGAUUGGAAAUGAACUUGUGCAUUAAGUAUUUGUAGGCAUGAGGGGAAUGUAAUUGAAACCCAAGACUCACCAAAUCAAUAAACUUUCAUAUUUCCAUUGGCCCAUUUAUAAAAAUGAUCUGUGAAAAGUGCCUUUGCUCUGAAUAUUUUUUCCAUAUUUAGGAUGCAGUUGCUGCCACAAUCUACUGCAAUGAGUUUUUGACAAGAAACGUCCAAUGCAAUUGCCAUUCACAGCAUAUUAAAGUAAUAUUACUAGAGGUAACAUGUACAUUAUGUUGGCUAUGUUUUAUUAAUCGUAACUAAAGAAUGAAGUUGGAAGAGAUCUUGUGCAUAAGGCAAGUGUAGUGCUUACAAAUGUAUGUAAAAUAUAAUUUCAGUAUCAGGGGUUUGUAUUAAUUUAGCCUGUAUAAGUAAAGGAGAGUUCUGAAUAAUGACGUUCUGAUGUGUAUAUGAACUUUGUCUUUAAUGUAGUAAUUCUAAUUACACCUUCCAUACAAUUGUAAGACAUUACCGUCCUUUCAACAUUGUAAUGAACCACAGAUAUACUGGCACUACAGUUUAAAAGAAAUCCACCCCACUUGUAUUAUGUGCUUACAUGUAUAAAGCUUUUCACCUAUUUUUUAAUAAAAAUCUUGCGAUGAUCAA